GGAAGUGGGCCGUGGGGAGGCGGGAUGCUGGCGGCGGCGGCGGCGCUGCUGCUGGCGGCGGCGGCGGCGGGGACGGUUGGGGCGGGGCGGGACGCGCUGCGGGAGGAGCUGCUGCUGACCCCGCUGCCCGCCGGCGACGUGGCCGCCACCUUCCAGUUCCGCACGCGAUGGGACGCCGACCUGCAGCGGGGCGCGGUCUCUCACUACAGGCUCUUCCCGAAGGCGCUGGGGCAGCUGGUGGCGGCGCUGGGCGUGCGGGAGCUCCACCUCGCCCUCACCCAGGGCUUCUGGCGCACCCAGGCCUGGGGGCAGCUGCCCCUCCAGGCACCCGCUGGUGCCGAGCUCUGGGUCUGGUUCCAGCCCACUGUCACCGAUGUUGACAAAGCCUGGAAAGAACUGAGUAACAUCCUCUCGGGAAUAUUCUGUGCUUCUCUCAACUUCAUUGACUCAACCAACACGGUCACUCCAACAGCGUCCUUCAAACCCCUGGGCUUAGCCAAUGGGACAGAUCACAAUCUCCUGCGCUAUGCCGUCCUGCCCCGGGAGGUCGUCUGCACAGAGAACCUCACACCUUGGAAGAAGCUGCUUCCAUGUGGCUCAAAGGCUGGGCUUGCUGUGCUGCUGAAGGCUGAGCGCUUGUUCCACAGCAGCUAUCACUCACAGGCAGUGCACAUCCGACCCAUCUGCAGGGAUGCCUCCUGCCUGGCUGUGUCCUGGGAGCUCAGGCAGACCCUUACUGUGGUCUUUGACACCUUUUCCAGUGGCCAAGGAAAGAAAGACUGGUCACUCUUUAAGAUGUUCUCUCGCACACUUACUGACGCAUGUCCUCUGGCAUCGCAGAGCAAAGUGUAUGUUGACAUCUCCCCUAAGAACAAGGAAAAGGAGUUACUGGAAGUGACUCCCCCUCCAGCAUCUGUACACGAGGCAAUUGUCCAGGGAGACAGGAGAACCUAUGCUGUCUAUGACCUGCUGAGCCCCUCGCUCUUCAAUACAUCUCGCAGCCUCAAUGUGCAGCUGAAGUGGAAGCGGCCCCAAGACAGCUCGCUACGUGAGUGGAUAUGGGCUGCAGACCGGAGAGAUCAGCACUCUCAUCUACAACACACACCCAUAUCGGGCCUUCCCUGUGAUCCUGCUGGAGACUGUGCCAUGGUAUCUGCGGCUCUAUGUGCACACUCUGACUAUCAUCACAAAGGGGAAGGAAAACAAGCCAAGACAGCGGAGGCAGGAGCACCCACCCCAUGGGAGAUGUCCAGGCAAUGUGAGAUUGCACAAGGUGCCCCUGGUGCCACUGAUGCAUCUCUCUGGCUAGGUUAUAUCCACUACCAGCCAGCCCAGGACCGGAGACGGCCUCACCUCUUGGAAAUGCUGAUCCAGCUGCCAGCCAACUCUGUCACCAAGAUCACAAUCCAGUUUGAGAGGGCCUUACUGAAGUGGACAGAGUACCCGCCUGACCCUAAUCAUGGCUUUUACGUCAGUUCAUCUGUGCUUAGUGCCCUGGUGCCCAGUGUCAUUGCGAUGAAGGACAUGGAUGUGGAGCAGAGCCCUCUCUUCACCUCGCUGUUUCCUUCCCUUGAUGGCUCCAGCUAUUUUGUGCGCCUGUACACAGAGCCGCUGCUGGUGAACUUGCCGACGCCAGACUUCAGCAUGCCCUAUAACGUCAUCUGCCUGACCUGCACUGUGGUGGCAGUGUGCUACGGCUCCUUCUACAACCUGCUGACCAGAACGUUUCACGUGGAAGAGCCGAGCCGGGGUGGGCUCGCCAAGCGGCUGGCCAACGUCAUCCGCAAAUUCAGGGGGGUGCCCCCGCUCUGAGAGAAACCAAGGCAGCUGGCGCUGGCUGCGGGGCUCUGUGGGGAGACCCAGGGAGCAGAGCGCCACUGCCUCUUGUCUUUGCUGCAAGCAACCUGCUCCAUUUUGCUGCUUGGGUCUCCCUUUGACAUCCAACAAGCUGAGAGAUCCCUUCCAUCAUUAGGGUGGGAAACGGCUCUAAGACUAUUGACUACUGAACUGCACUGCUACAGGACUGGGAAAGGUAUAAGACUUCUGUGUGGGAGUGAGGUAACUUAUGUGCUGGGAAUGAUGCUGGAAGUAAACUUGAGGUAUUUUGUA